AUGGGAAGGCAGCAAGCGUCUCAGAUAUAUCAACAUGGGGCGAAGGAGGCUCGAAUGUUGCAGUAUCUUUGUAAUCUCAGGAAAAGAAGGAGAAGGGGAGUGUGGGAGAUUGUUGAGAUGGAGAAGGAGAAGACGGUGGCAGACGGAAGCGUCGGGAAGAUGACGGUUGUUGAUCACCAAAGAGAUGAACACGCAGACGCAGAGGAUCAAAGCAGAAACGCUCAGACUUUAUCACGGAUGACAUGUGAGAGAUUGAAAUCUUCCGUUCGCUUCUCUUUCUUGUUCGACAAAGUUCUUCUUCUUGAGGCUCUGUGCUGUUCAGUGAUGGAUACUGUGCAAGACUAUCGGAGCGUGGAAGACUGGAGGUGGCGGGAAACAAAAUAG